AUGCCCCGUGGCAGCCCGCCGCCGCCCGUACGCCGCGGCCCGCGAGCCCGCAUCGGGCACCCGAGCCCACGGCGCCCCGCCCGCGCGCCGCUGCCGUCCUCAUCCAGCGCCCCCGCGCCUCCGCCGCCGCUUCGCCGCCCCACGUCGCCGGCGCCACCGUUCGCCGCCGCCCGGAGCUCCGGCGACUUCACCGCGCCGCGCCCGGAGCUCCGGCAACUUCACCGCGCCGCGCCCGAGCUCCUCCGCCGAAGCCCGACGCCGGGACUCUUCCCCGCGCCCGGAUCCGGUGGUCCCCUCGUCGCCCGCGCCUCCUCCGGCCAUCUCCGACGCCCCCGAGCUCUCCCCGCCGGCGCCUCCUCUCCCCCAGCUCCGGCGGCCUCGAGCUGGCCCGAUCCAAUCUGGAUCCAGCGAGCAGGGUUGACUUUCUUCUUCUCUCCCGAAAUCUCCAAGUCCUUUACAUUUUUACAGUACAUGCCCAUGUUCAUCGCAUCAUAA